AGAUCUUUGCAAAAACAAUGGAUUGUGUGUAGCGUGACACAAUUGUUGUGAUUUGUUUACGUGACAUCAGAAUGACAGGUGUGAUCAGGGUGUGAUGUACUAUCAGGAAUCCGCUGGCUGAAGGAUAAUGACGCUCGUAAAAUAUGCAAUGAGCUCGUUAUUCGCGCCGUUAGCAAGAGCUUCAAAGACAAGUUUGAGAGGUAACAGUGAUAAUUCUUGUCCUUUUUGCUCUUUCAGUUCACGGGCUAAUUAUUUGGUGAGAUCCAUUUUACUUUUCCCAUUAUCGCUGUGCGAUGUGAUGUCAUUCGGGCAAGCUCGGGCAAAAAUGAGAACUCAAGCUUCGCUUGGUCGAAAUUUUGCGCGCGUAUUUCAAAAGCUGAAUGCAUUAUCGUCCCUGAACUGAUGCUCAAGUGAAUUAUACACACGAAAAUGCGGGGCGAAAAAAGCUCUCUGUUUGGUUAGUGAUAUUUGUGUUCAUUUUGAAUGAUUUGACUUUAUAUUUGGCAACUGUGAGAUGAGUCAUAACGUUAGCAGCAAUAAGAUUUCUUGCGCACUUUGUAUAGUCGUCAGCCUUCGUUGAACGCGGACAUGGAUCUCAGCCUUACAUUGCGUUUUGCAAUUCCCGAAGGUUUUUUUGGUAAUUCCUUCUUCUAGAGGCUCGCGCUUUUUAGAUGUAUCGGAGCAUUUUACCUGAUUUCAUUGAAGAACAAAAGACCAGCGGAUAAAUCCCUGUCCAUACCUUUUCACUGAAUAGUCAAUGUGAUUUAUCCGGUGGAUAGCACGUUUUGAACAACGUACUGCAGGACUGCAGAAUUUGACUCCUUGCUCAUGUUGUUGUUUUUAAAAUUGCGUAAAAUUUUGAACUGAUGCUCCAGGGACUUAUACAAGGUAAUUUUGCAAAAGAAGUCUUACAUUUUUUCUUCAAAGUCCUGGUUUACUUUUUUUUUGCUUAAUGACAAAUUUUUAAAUCUAAAUGUAAAAUUUCAAAAUUUCAAAUUAUGUUUUAGGUUUUCUCUGUGUAAAAGAUCUGUAAGUAAAAUUAUGUUUUAGGUUUUCUAUCAAAAAGAUGAUUGGAAACAAUAAUGGUUGUAAUGGUUUCCAUGGAGAAUGGUCAUUCAGGAAAAAGAAAUAUCACAGUAAAAAACAUUGUAAAAACAUUGCAUGCAUUUCUUAUGAAUUAACAAAAAAAAUCGACGUGCAAUUUCAAGCUCAAAUAUUUUAAAAGCAAGUUAUAAUAGAUAAAAAAUACAUGUGAAAAAUUUAAAAAGUAUUUUUUACCAUUGUUUUUAUCACAUUUUAGGAUUUUUAUCUAUAACACAAGAUAAUGAGUUUACAACAAAGGAAAAUAAAAAAUAUUUUCCAUUGUUUUUGGAUUGGUAACACAAGAUAAUGAGUUUACAACAAGGAAAAAAAAGUUGAAAAAAUUGAAACACACUACAGUGAGACACCUUAGCUAAGUUCAUCUUCAGGGCUUGAAAAAGUCCCGUCCAGUGUUCGGGACAAAAUUUAUACACUUUCAUGCUGGGCAAGUAACUUUAGAAGCUUACUUACCUAAUGGGCAAGGGUCCAGGCAAAUCAUCGUCAGAACAAAAUCAUUACUUGGGACAAGCAAGAAGUGGCCCUGGGCCAGCAAAAUGUGGGAGCUGCUUGCCCAUAGGACAAGUUUUUUCCCAUAGGACAAGUUUUUUCUGAGUCCUGAUCUUAUAGCCUGCGCGCAGAUGAUAACUAAACUCUGAUUAGUACCGUCUGCGAAGCAGCGCAGAGAUCCUUGUUCUGGACCCCCAACGGACUCAACGAAUUACCGGAAGUGCGUUUCGAAUUCCCCUUCAACCUGAUUGGCGAUCUCGACAAACAAAACAAAGGCCUUUUUUAACAGGCCAAUCGUGGCGCGCACUCAAAUCUGGGUACACAGCUCGAAUUCCAGAACAAGGAUUUCGGCGCUGUUUCGCAGACGGAGUUAACCAGUUUUUAAUUUCGUCUGCGCGCAGGCUAUGAUCUUAUUGAAGACACCAAGUCAUUUUAUUCACCAUUAAAUUUUUAAUGGAAGUAUAUUUUUUAGGAUAUAUUGUGUCUGUUUUUAAGACACUUCUUGUUUUUCCUCAUAAUAAUAUAAAUACACUCUUGUUUCUUACUACCUUUUACUAGGUUGCAAUAGAAGGAAAUAUUGGAAGUGGGAAGACAAGUCUUUUGAAGUACUUCAAGGAAAACUCGUCAGUGGAGGUAUACUAUACAUGCAAUGUCACAAGCUUAAUGGACAAUUUCUGGAUUGCAGAUUUAAUAGCAAUCAUGUUAGUUUAAUGUUGUCAUGUUAAGAAAAAAGAACGAAAUUGGAUUAGGGAUCAGAGAUGUGAUACUGGUCACUGGGCAUGGUUCUUUGCAUUUAAAUACUGUUAUAUAUCAUUAUACAUUAUUUGUGAUAAUAUUGGUGGAUAUCUCAAGACUACUUUGAUAAAGGAAUAUUUACUUUCUAACCAGGUCAUUGAAGAGCCAGUGAAGAAAUGGCAGAAUGUUGGUGGUGCCAAUACUCUGGUAAAAAUUAGUUUUCAUAAAUAGAUAAUAUUAUAUGGAAAAAUAGACCUUUUUACCGAUACGGCGGCCAUAUUGAAUUAAUUUGAAUUAAGGAGUAUUAUAGGAUGCCCAGGGGGCAUGAGCACAUUUCGUUUGUAUUUUUGAGCGCUUUUCGGGACAUUUUUUCGUAAAGUUUUCUUAGAAUAAGAUUGUAAUGGGAAAAAAGAUCCUUGUGCCGUGUUUGGAUGUACUAAUGAUCGCCUUUUUCUAGUUUAGUAUUAGAAAUAUGGUCUUUCACUGUCUAUUUCUCGGGAAAAAGGCAAUUAUUAUUACAUCUAAACACAGCACAAGGAUCUUUUUUCCCACUACAAGCUUAUUCUCAGAAAGCUUUAGGAAAAAAAUGUCCCGAAAAGUGCUGGAAAAUACAAACGAAAUGUGCUCAUGCCCCCUGGGCACAGUCAGAUAUUUGCUGCCAACUCUGAAAGUAUGCUAUUAAUUUGAUAAUAUCAUAUAAAAAUCACUAAAGUAACGGGCUUUGCCACCUGCUACUUUGGUUAUCCUGCCUACUACUGUAAAACAUUUUGACUGAGUUGUAGUGUAUUCCAUAAAAAUGUGCCUCACUAUUUGUUAUUCUUUGUUUUUUAACAGGAUCUUAUGUACAGUGAUCCAAAGAGGUGGAGUUACUUGUUUGAGUCGUAUGUUCUUCUUACAAUGAUGGAAGUACAUCACAGGCCUCAGGUAUCAUUAAAGCCACUGAUCAAGCACCGGUUGAUUGUCUUUUCAGAUUUCCUUUUCUCCUGAGUUUCUAAUACUUGGGCUUUGCUCUUGUAGUGCCUGGUGGUCCCUGGUUAUUUAUUUUCACUCUUAGAUGACCAAGAAAUUCGUUUUCUUGCAUAUAUGUUACAGGUCAAUGUGAAAUUCAGGUUGAAAUUUUUUAACCUAGGUUGAUUCUCAAUUUCCUUUGUCUUCUCGCCCCAAUUCAUGAAUGGCUAGGAGACAAAAGAAAGAGAGAAUCAACCAAGGUUAAAAAAUAAAAAUUUAACUUGAAUUUUAUUUUGACAUGUAACACAUAUAAGACAUGAUCUUACACUUAGCUAGAUUUUAUCAUGUUUUAUAGCAGGGCCAAAAAAAAAUUGAAUUCCAGCUUGUCAUUUUGCAAGAGAAUGACUUGCCCAAACCUUUGCCCAUUGGCCUAAUGAUGUUAAUUUCACUUGUACAGUCAGACUACGAGACAGGAAAUUGUUUGAGCCCUGCACAUAGGUUUAGAGCUUUCCCCCUCCCCGUAUUCUAUUCUCUGAGCACUGCCUUAAUGAAAGUGAGUUACGCCUGCUUUACAAACAUGCAGUCAGCACUACCUACAGUGUAUAUGCCACACAGUUAUUAGGAUUUUGCCCCAUAUCCAUCUUGUGUGUUAUUGAUUGUUGACAGUUUCAAUUUCUUUGUGCCUUAGACUUCACCUGUGAGGCUCCUGGAGAGGAGUGCAUACAGUGCAAGCUUCUGCUUCAUGGAAAAUCUUCAUAGAAGGUAAAACUAUAACAUAACCAAGCGCUAUUUACAGCAGGUUCGUAGCCUUCUCAAAGUGUUUCAAGAAGUAUGUUGUAAGGAGAUGACUCUGGUGCUAAUCGUAGCAAGUGUUCUUAAGGGAACUAAGGGGGUUCUGGAGGCAUUCAGGGGAGAGCUUAAGUGAUAAAAGCUAAACAACUCAAUUAGCAGUCACUUAAAAAGGCUGAACCUGUAGAAGGUGGAGAUUUAGUAGUUUGCUUUAUGUAGCUAACAUAAUGGUACAUGUAGAAUGAAUUGAAGUAUUCUGAUUUUAGUAUCCUCCAUCAUUUUGUCUCUAUAAUUUAUUUUCUUCCUUUAAUCUUUCAUUACAGUGGUACAUUGUCAACACUGGAGUACACAGUCUUUCAGGAGUGGUUUGAAUACCUCAUGUCCCAUGAGAAGCCACAUAUAGACUUAAUAGGUUUGCAGAAAGUGUUUUGUGCUGUUUUUACACCAUAAUAUUAAUAGCUACUGGCAAGUAAUGCAUAAAUGCAUGUUCUUCCAAAAAAGACAGUUUGUACAAGGUUAACAAAAACUUUCCAAUCAAUCUACUUUGAGACUGAGAACAGCGCCUUCCUCUUGUGUGUCCUUCUUUUCUGUCUUACAUGUAGCACUGUUUGGCACCAAUUAACUCAAAACCAAGCUCAAGCAACAACAAGAAUGCUUAAGUCCCAGACGUCAUUAAUAGCAACCAUUUGUUUUGUUUUUUUUUUGUCUGAAACAGUGAGAUUGAAUGCCUUUGUUUUAGCAAUAUUACUGUAGUAUGAUAACGAACUUUCUGAGUCAGAGCCCUGAUAGAGGAAGAUCAACUUCCAGUCACCAUUCUAUUGCCUCUAUUUUACUAUAAGUGGCUUUGUCUGACCCAUUUCCCACAGAAAAUUUGUCCACUUAUUGUUAUUAUUGUUAUUGUCAAUUUUGUUAUUAUUGUUGUUAUCAUUGAUGAUGGUGAUGAUGAUGAUGAUGAUGACUUCCAAUACAUUUCUAACUUUUGAGACUCUGGAAGAAAUUGUGGGGUGAGACCUUGUAAAUAUGGCCAUACUCUGGCAGUAAUAUAUUUCUUGUCUAACUAAUGUUAUGGUGAUUUUUAGUAUACCUAAGAACAUCACCCGAAAAGUGUAUGGAAAGGAUAAAGAGAAGAUCUAGAGAUGAGGAAACAUCAGUAUCAAUGGUAAGAGUUAUUUUAUUACAUUUCACAUAUUAAUUAUUGCAUCCUAGUUAACCUUUUUUGAACCAUGGUUUUAUUUUUAGCUGAUGUGAAAAAAAAAUUGUGAUGAUUUUUUUUUCUUCUUUUCUUAAAGGAAUUACUCGAUUCUUUACAUGAGAGAUAUGAAGAAUGGCUCAUAAAAAAGAGCAAAUUUCAUGUUCCUGCUCCAGUAGUGGUAAGUGUUGCUGGCAUGGAAUGUAUUGACAUGUACAACAUAAAGAAGAUUACAUGCAAAGAGAGUUGUGUGUGAUAGCACGGGGCUGGUGGAGUUUAUGAUCAGACUAGCAAGUUCUGUUCUUAACUUGCCUGACUGGCAAGUAGAGGUUCUUUGGAAAUACAAUUAUAGAAGUACCUUAAGACAAAUUAUUUAAAUUCCUGGAUCAAAAGCUACUGACAGAGUGAAAUAAAAUAUUAUUACAGCUAUUGUUGUUUUGUACUCUGAAUAAAUAAUGCUAAAUUAAUAUUAUUUAUCAAUAGUCCUAAUUUUUUGGGCUACUUAAAAUAACUGUCAGGCUUUAAUAAACGUGCUAGCUACAGUUUGCACAAGGGGCAAGGAGUAAAACUGACUUUCUUUGUGCCAUGGCAUUCUAUUGGUCAUCACCAUUCAUGAGUUUGAUGCAAAUGUUAAAUGCAAUUCCCAAAUAAAAUUUACCAUUCCAGUAUCAGUUAUUUUUUUCGAUUGCUCAAACCGUGAACUGACUGGUUGCCCAAGCAAAUGGUAACCAAAAAAAAUAUAUUUUCUCCCUGUUGGAAGUAAAAUUAUUAUGUUACUUGUUAUGUCCUCUUACAUUCUACAUUAUUUAUCUAUUUCAGGUUGUUGAUGGAAAUAGAAGCUUGAAAGAUAUGUUCCAGUUUUAUGAAACGAAUACCCAACUUCUUCUUGGUAUAAAUGCCUCAAAGAUGGAAUAAUCAAUUAUUCAUCAAAAUUUAUUCUAGAGAUUUUACAAUAAUAAUAAAAUAUAUUAUUGUUAUUAUUACUUUGGCAGUGGCACUUGUAAAUUUAAAAGUUUUUGAGCUCCACAGUAUUCAUUAUGCAAGUUCUAUUCAGUAAUGAUUAUUUAAUUAAAUUUCUCUGAGCAUAGUAGGACCUUUUUAAAAAUGACUUUACCAUUCAUUUUAUUUGCCAUUUUAAGGCAAGCUUUCCAUUUUCAAAAGAUGAAUGAUAUUUCAGUUGGUUUGAUGCAAAACUGAUAAUUAUCAGAAGGCAAAUUUUUAUGUAAACUUUUGAUCCUAAUAAUUGUUAGAUUCAAUGUCAAUCGUAUCAUGGUUGAGGGGAAACCCAGUACCCCUCCCCUAAGCCAACAUUUUGCCCCAAGCGAUUGAAGUAAGUGUUAAUGUUGGCUUAGGGGAGGCAGUUUCCGAGAAACGUAUAAUGAUCCAACAACAGGUAGCCCGAGUUCUGAAGACAAUACAUUUUAGGCAAUCCAGGCUUACCGUAUUUAUUCGAAUAAGCGCCCAACCUCGAAUAAGCGCCCAUCCUGAAGGUAGAAAAACUUAAUAAGCGCCCAGCCUCGAAUAAGCGCCCACCCCCACCCCACCACCCUCCCACUUCCACUAAAGCGUACAUAAGCGCCCACCCCCUUCCCCCCACCACCCCCAAAAAAGGAAUAAGUACUAACAAGAGACUUUCCCGAAGACGGAGUUUUCUUCAGAGUGUUUUGCAGAAACAUUGCAUUGUCACAUCUUCGCGUUUUGUUAUUACCAUUGACUGUUUUGUUGCAAAAUAUACAUACUACACUUGUUGAAAAUGGUGAAAGUUUAAUAAGCGCCCAGCCUCGAAUAAGCGCCCACCUCGAAUAAGCGCCCACUCUCAAGGUCCAAAAAUUUAAUAAGCGCCCAGGGCGGUUAAUCGAAUAAAUACGGUAGUUACCAUGACAACCCAAAUAUGGCAAGUACCUUGGUUUGUAGUUAACCUAGGGCCUGGUUCCUUGAAAGAUGGUUACAGUUUGUAAGAUUAGCUUAUAAUAUGAUGGUGAGCCUCAACUCCAAAAUCUAGUUAUGAUUACACAAAGUUACUACCUGAAACUCUAUUUAGUGAGAUAUUCAAAUUUUAGUCUUGGAUUAGCACUUAUCAGCCCUUCAGGAACUAAGCCCUAGACUAUUGUUAACUAUCCAUUGAGCAAUUUGGUGAUGGGAAAGGUCAUAUUUCUAUACCCCAUCUUAAACAAAACUCUUAAAAAACAAUACCCUUCCUAGCUCGUAGCUUUCACAUCAUUAGACAUAGGAGGAGGCAGCGUGGCUGAGUGGUCAUUGCGUCAGACUCGCAAUCUGGCAGUCCCGGGUCACCACUUGCUGGAUUUGUGCCUCGAUUGUCCCAAGUUCAAGUCUUCGGCCACGCUUGUAAAUAGCCAACUGGUUGCCUCCUGCCAGUUGGGGUUUUUAACGCUGUCAUUUGUAUUUGAAUUAUUUGUUUCUAAGUAUUUAAGUGGUGUGCCUGUAAACUAGCUGGAUAAGCUAAGUGCACCUUCCACUAUAAACAAGCCUUUAACCUUUUUUUUUUAACUUUAGUAGAUCACCUCUCCACAUCCUUUGGACGUGAAACCCACCGUACGUGAAUUAUAUUCUUCUACUUUGAGCACAAGAAAUGGAUAAAACGUUACCAAAGUUAAGAUGCUUUAAAAUUUUGGCUCCUUUAGAAACCUUGCAGUCUUAUUGAAGAUCUCUCAUUUCUUACGUUCAACAGACAACGUUGUAGAUAUCAAUAAUUUUGUAGCUUAAUAUUCAUUAGAUUUUGUCAAUAAAACACUUAAUUGAUCCAAUCAAAAUCAAUCUUUGAUUAGACUGCCUUGAAAAUCACUUGUUCUUUAAAAGGGCUUCAACUUUUUGAUCUCGUUGUUUUAAAAACAUAUAACACCAAAAACAUACAGCCCCCUCCCCUACCCCCGUCCCCGCCGCCCGUAGUAAAAAGCGGAGAAGGGCGUCUGCGAUUUACCGUUGCCAAUUGUGUAUGGAGACCACGUGAUUUUUCCCGGAAUGUGUGGAAAAUGAUUUGAUUGGCUGUAGCCUGCGUAGUAAGCGUUUCCGUUUGCGCCACUUUUCUCGCGGUCUUUGACUCUCGUUCCUCGUUCUCUUCUCCUAAACCGCACAGAAACGCUUGUUACGCAGGCUAGAUUGGCUGUUACUCUCCGAUUUUUACUGAGGGGAUGGGUAGGGGGUCUGUAUACAGGCUAAUAUCAACCGAGGCUACCUGGACACGGCACCGGAUGAAUUUUUGGACGCUUGAAAAUUCGUGCGUUCAGGCGUUCCGUUCACACGGAAAUUACGACAGAAAAUUUAUACGCUUUGCAGUUCAAAAUUUCGUGAGAACAGAGCGAAAAUAUCAAACGGUCUUGUGAGAAUAUUGAGUGUCCGUUCAAAUUUUCCAGCUUGUCGAAAAUUCGUCCCAUCCCGUGUGAACGUAGCCUGAGAGUCCUACUUUUUUAAGCCCGUUCUAAAAAAAAGGAAUCCAACCAGUUCGUCCAAUUGGGAAAAUCCGAAAACGGAUUUGUGAUCGCAGGCAGAUCACAUAGAUUUUUCACAACUGAAAAACUGGAAGAGACGUCCUUAGGGGUUUGUUCGUCGCGCAUUCAUUUCUCCCCGUGAUAAACGAACCCCUAAGGAACCCCUAAGGACCUCUACGGGGUAGGCUAUUGGAAGAUCCGAUAACCUCAGGAUAACCUAGCAUCCUCGAGCUCUUCGUGAUAAUAAAUAUAGGCAACUGGCUACUACGACAAAAAUCGAACCUAGACGGGAGGGAAAACUUCACUUGUACAUGCAAAUGAACACGCGUUUCUUGUAGACAAGUUUUCCUCUGACGCCGAGGGACCAAAAAGGACCACUGCCGGUUCGAAAAUUUAGUCCUUUUUACCAUGAAACUGUUCUCAAAAACAUGGUAGAAGUCCGACGUUAUCUAAAAUUGGCAAAAGAGUUGAAAUUAAGCGAAAAACCGAAACAAUUCCCACCAGUUAAAAUACAACUUGUACCGCAGGAAAUCUGGGCCGAGCGUAACAUUGUCUCCAGGCCCUUGUCAUGUAAGUUCUCGAGACUCGAGCUUCGCGCCAAAAUUUAAUUUCAUUGUCGCCAUAUUUGUAUUGUGCUCGUAUUUGUCCUACAAGAGGAAAGCUGGUAAGCUCUAAUCUAUUUUACAGUAGAUAUAACGCCUUCACUGUUUAUAUUGUGGUGAUGAUCAAUUCUCCAGCGUAAAAUAUUACUAGAUCUGCUAUAGUUCGCGUGGUUGAAAUUAACCUAAAAGCGCCAAAAUUGAUCGAAUCAACAUCGAUCUGAAAUGCAUGAGUACUGUUUCUAAGUUUCUAAGAACUGUUUUGACAAAUCCAACUUUUGAUUCUUGUGCCAAGUAAGAACUGUUCGUUUCCCCGUUCUAUUCUAAUCAUUGCUUUUAUGACAUUAUCUCUGUGACAGUUUACAAUCGCUCCAUCAGAACAUUUUGUUGUGAACAUGCUUGGAAUAAAUGAGGUCGACUCCAUGGAUACAGAGUGUUCGAUGAUGGAGAAAUCACCAAAGAAAAACAUUACGGUAUGGCAUCAGUAUAUAUAAAGUCAUUGAUAUAGGUGGUUUUCAUGCAAUCUCGGGAGACACAAAUAACAAUGGUGAAAUGAACAAAUGCUGGUGGACAAACAAAGCGAGCUAAUGAGCGAUCUUUUGUUUACCGUCCACCAGCAUGGCGGCGAUGACGUAACGUGAAAACCACCUACAAACUAUUGAACUAACUAAACUAUUCAAGUUUUCUUUUGUAUACAGCACAUUUGAAGCUCAUUAAAAAGUUAGCUUAUUCAAGCUUAAGCUUAUAUCUUAUAUCAUAUAUGGAAUACUUAAUGCUGAUGAAAGAAAAAAAUUUGUUCAGAAAAAUUGUUGUGCGAGAAAAAAUGUUUUUUCUUGGCUGACAACAACAACAACAACAUUAAUAAUGAUAAUGGUAAUAAUAACAAUAAUAAUAAUAAUAAUGAUAAUAAUAUUAAUAAUAACAAUAAUAAUAAUAAUAAUGAGGAGAAGUUGGAAAAGGUAUCAAGACCUAGCACUCAAAAUUAAAAGAAUCCAUAGAGCCAUGAAAGUGACGGUAAUACCCAUUGUGAUCGGUGCUCUCAAAAAUUGCAAAAGCCUGAUAUGGGAGGUUGACUGCCUCAAAAAUUUUUGGAAGUGCAUAGUUGUCAGUCAUCCUUGGUACUGUUCAUAUCUUACGGGAAGUGUUGUGUGUGUAAAGGUGAUGUUAAACGAGACGAUUCACAACAACGAUUUUUAGCACAACACAACGUUGUAACAAUGUUGCGACAUUGUUUGGAAUGGUUACAGCAUUGUUCUAACAUUGCAACGCUGUGUUGUGCUAAAAAUCGUCAUUGCAAAUCGUCCCUUGUAACAUCACCUUAAGCUGUGGGAAGCUGCUGAGACAUGGUUAAGAAUACCCAGAAAAUACCAGAAACCUGGAGAGGAUCACAUAGUAAUAAUAAUAAUAAUAAUAAUAGUUACCACAUUUAUUUGAUUAAUUAAAAGCCGCGACGUUUAUUAAAUUUUUAGCAUUUCCAAUGUGGCAUUUAUUCAAGGAUGGCAUUAAAUUUGGAAAUCACUUUUUUCAAAUCACUGACAACCGUUAUUGUAAAUCAGUUGUAAAUAUUAUGUAAUUUAAAGGUUCCACUGUCUCCCUUAUUUUGCUGAGAUACAAUCAUAAAUGUCUGGAUGGUGUAAAUUAUGAAGUUGUACCGAAGUUUUUCUUAUUAUCCUCGAGUAAACACCACAUUCUUCUGAUUAGGUGCGGUGUUUAUUUGAGGGCAGUGUUUAUUGGUAAUUUUGCUUCCAUCUACGACGUUUGAUUGAGGGCAGCUUUAAAUCGAAGAAAUACAGUAAUUAAAAUGUGGAUUAUUAACAUAAAGAAUUUUUGGAUGGGCUUCUAUCAUAAUGAUAAUUGAAUCACGCACCUGCUCAUAACCUUAAGGUAGAGUAUUGCUCACCAGUAGAGAUGAUGCUGAAAAUGAAUCUUUUUUUUUUGCUUUAGGUUACCGUGGAAGGUAACAUUGGAAGUGGAAAAACAACUUUACUGAAUUAUUUUCGGAAAAAUCCAAUGGUUGAGGUGAGAGGAAUCCAUUUCAAUUCUUCCUUUUUUUUCAAAAAAGUAAGUUAUGUACAGGAAAGAACUUUAAAAAGGUGGUAAAUUUAAAACUCAUUGAAGAAUUCUCUGAGGAGUCUAGGAAAGUUUUAAUUUGCAUAAAGUGCAUGUCUAUUUUGUUUUCUUGUCUUCCUUCACUUAAGGACAGAUAAUCAGGGCAGGAAAAAACAAACAAGUCAAAUAUAAGCAAAUAAAAGAUGAUACUUUAUCUCCUUCAAUUUAUACCAACAUUUUCUUCCUGGAUUUUUUUGCAAGGAAUGGUAAACUGAACUUUACACUGUCACAGGAUCUCAGUGAUAGAUUUGUGUAUAGUUUAAAAAUCAUGCUGCCAGGUUCCUUAGUAAGGAUGUUGACAAUAACAGGGACACUAAAUUGUACCCAUGGUAAAAAUUUAAUUUAAUUUAUAGUAGAAUCACUAAACUUGAUGAGUACCCAUAAAACUUGUAAAGGUUACACAGUCCCUGAAGUAACUAAGAAGCUAAAAAUGUCAUUAAACAAGUCGAUGAAACUUAGUAUUUUAGUAUUUUUAUAUUCAUAGGUAUUGGAAGAACCAGUUGCCAAGUGGCAAAAUGUUGGUGGUAAAAACCUUUUGGUGAGUUUAUAUUAAUAUACAAUAAUAUUGCUGCAUACUAUUACUCACAUUACCUCAAUUAUCAUUUUUGUAUAAACAAAACACAUUCAUAAUUUACAAGUUAUACAGUAAAGUCUCACCUGAUGGACAACUUUAUAAGAUGGACACCCCGCUAAAAUGGACAUAAGAGUUGGUCCCUUCCUUCUUUACUCCUUGCAGUUUAUUUUCUGUAAGACACGCACCUCUUUAACAGGGACACCAGCCUGUCCCAAAGAUGUCCCUUUCAGAGAGGGUCAAUCGUAUGUCACUUAGCCAAACUAGAUUUAACUGCCAUUAUUUUGUUUUGUCAUUAAAAAGGAGUUAUUUUACACCAACUGCCAAAGAUGGAGCUAUUUGUUUGAGUCUUAUGCUGUUCUAAGCCUCAUGAAAAUUCAUAAGAAGCCACACGUAAGUGAUUGUCAUUUCUUUUUAUUUUGUUUUUCAAUUUUAUGCUUUUUGUUGUUAUUUCACAGUUACCGGGGAUAGCAGCAGCUACCCUGUAACCCCAAGGCUGUGCUCUACAAAAAAUUGACGGCAGCCUGGUGUUCUGAAUGUGUUAAAUCCAGAGUGCUUAGCAUAGGAUUUGUAUGAAAAAAACCAGCGUGCAAAGAAAGUAGUGUUCAAUAGCCCAGGGCUAGUGGAUUUUGCUAUCGGGCUAAUGAAUUCUGUCAUUAACUUGCCUGCAAGUGAUGUUUUUUGAGAAAUUCGAAUAACAGAAGAACUGUGAAAUCAAUUCUGCUAGUCAAAAAGGUUUUGGGGCUAGUUGAAAUGACGUCUGAGCUAGUAAAUGCUGGCUUCAGCUUGCCCGAAUGGCAAGCUGUAAAAAUGAUUUUCUUUGCACCCUAAAAACCUAAGAUUUCUUAGUCACUCAGGAGCAAAGUGAGGCGCCAUGGGCCAAUGGACUCUGUUAGCGCACAGCCCUGUACCCUAGCCAGGUUAUCUGACAAUUUCUAUCCUUUGCGAUGCCCAUGUGUUGUGUCUAAUGUUAGGAAAACAGUUUUCACUGAUUGAAUCAUCAUUUUAAUAGGUGACUCCUGUGAAAAUGAUUGAAAGAAGUGUUUACAGUGGAUACUAUUGCUUUGAGCACAACCUUUGCAAAAGGUACACAGUUCUGUACAGUCACUUAAUCUUUUAAGUUAAUAAACUAUUUGCUAUGUUAGUAACAAGGUUAAUUGGAGUGUGGACAUAACUGAUGCAUUUAUAACUGCAUUUAUAAUGCAUGCCUUUGCAUUCGGUAUUUAUUUCUCUAUUAAAAAGGCCAAAAUAAUUGCUAAAAAAAUAUUUGUUGAUAAUGUAAACUGUUAAUCUUCUGAGUAACUAAACUAUUUACUAUGUUUUAGUGCUAGUCACAAGGUUAAAUGGAGUGUGGAUAUAACUCAUAUAUUUAUAACAGAUGCCUUUGCAUUCGGUAUUUAUUUCUCUAAAAGGCAAAAAUAAUUGCUAAAAAAAUAUUUGUUGAGAACGUAAACUGUUAUAAAAUGAUAUAAUAUUUCUGUUUUCAUUACCUUGUCCACGAAAUAUUUUCCAUCUUUUUUGAGCUGGUGGGUGGAGGUGGUGUUGGUGGUCAUUUGGCAUUAAAUAUUGUGGAGCACAGUUAUUUAUCCUUUCAGCAUGCUUAAAAAAGUCGUUUCUCUUGUUUUUCCAGUGGAAUGAUGUCCUCUGCAGAGCAUUCAGUGCACCAUGAGUGGUUUGACUGGAUUACAAAAAGGCAGCAACCUCAACUGGAUUUGAUAAGUAAGUGCUGAAAUAUUUGAGUAGAAGUUUGCCCAACAAUGCCACUGAAGAUACAACGUUAUCCUAAAGAUUUGAAAAGAAGUGCAAUAAGACUGUGAGAAAUCCUGUUCAUUGGAAAGUAGAAACGUACAGAGACUAAUGCACAUUAAACCCAACCUGGUGACUUUCACACCAGUCUGUGAUUAAUAGGACCAAUUUUAAACAAAGAUAAUGAAAUUAAGUAAGGUUUCUUGUUUGUGAGAGGUAUGGUAAUCUAUGGCCAGUCACCUACCUACCCAAGCUGCCCUUGGCGAGUCCACUUUCCAUACAUCUUCUUACAAAAUGUGGCAAAUCAUUUACCUUAGAAACAAAAAGUUGGCCCCGCUAGAGGGGUGACCCACCCAGCCGGUUCACUCCUUUGUGAUGGUAGGGUUACCCUCCUAGCUUUAGGGCUAACUUUCUUGUAUUCGUAGAUAACCAAAUUUUCUUACCUAUGGUUCUCCAAUGCGCGCGCUUCGCGCGCGAGAGAGCUCCGCCAUACAUGCUUGCUUAAAAAAAGUUGACUUCGCUGGAGAGGUGAUCGUUACACCCAGGAUUUUCUCCAUAACAAACGGGGCCUUAGUUUUAGCCUGACUUUCUUCAGACUUUGUAUUAUUCCCUCCAUAGAAAAAUUACAAGUUCUAGUAGUAUUUUUUUAAAACGGUUGAUUGAACUGCAACCUCAUUCGUUCCUAAGGUUCUCGAGACCUUUGUGAACUGACGUCGGAUUGAACUGUUUAAUGUUUAAUGAUAUUCUAGUUUACCUGAGGACAUCACCUGAAACAUGCAUGCAGAGGAUUAAGGCAAGAUCUCGAUCUGAAGAAAAAACUCUCCCAAUGGUAGGUAAAAAUAAAAAAUAAUAUCUUUUUGUGGCUCAAGAAAGAAUAGAUGUAGGGCGUAAUGUUUUAGGGUCUAUUCCUAACUAACAUAACGCGUCUUUAAUGACAGGAACUUCUUUGUGCCUUACAUGAAAGACAUGAGGAGUGGCUAAUUCAAGAAAAAUUUCCUGUACCUGCUCCAGUUAUGGUAAGCUCAAAAACGCAACUUAUUUUCCAGCAGCAGAGAUGAGGAAACAGCUGACAUUUUGCGACGCCACCACUGCUUUCCCUGCGAAAUGACGACGUCUGAAUAACGAGCGCAAAUUUCCACACUGACGAAAUCUGGAAGGCGAACGUCAUCAGUAUGGAAUUUCUGCGCGUCCUUUCGUGAGGAAACCAGUCGCGGCGUCGUGAAAUGUCAGUUGUUUUCUCAAGCUACUCGAAGGGAUUAAUUUGCUGGUGUACAUCUGUGAUUAAAGGGCCUUUAACUUGAUAUUUACGGCCCAAUGCAUUCAAUCUCGGUAGUUUCGAAAACGAAGCACUCGAAAACGAAGACCGAAGCACGAAGCACCCAAAACUCGAAAACGAAGCACCCUAUAUCGAAAACGAAGACUCCAAAAUCUCGGAAACGAAGCACCCAAAACUCGAAAACGAAGCACCCUAUCUCGAAAACGAAGCACCCUAGAUCGAAAACGAAGACCCCAAAAUCUCGAAAACGAAGCACAAGUUUGGGCGUUCUCGGUUUUCUGAUCACGUCCAAAACAUAGCCUCCCACCGGGUCUCCCACGCAGCGGCGGAAAUGCAUUUACAACUUGAGUAGAUUUGAACUGCAUUUGAUUCGUUAUCGAAUACUUGUUACCGCGCUUGAUUUCUGCUGUAUUUACAUUGGUCUCGUGUUUAUAAAGGACAGACCAGUGUCGAGUUUUUGGGUGCUUCGUUUUCGAGUUUUGGGUGCUUCGUUUUCGUGCUUCGUUUUCGAAACUACCAUUCAAUCUCAGCCCGGCGCGAGCUCAUCAUCCGGGGACUGCGACGGCGGGAAAAACGUCGCUGAAAUGAAUAGUGCUUUCGCGGUCGGCUUUUCAUCUUCAUUGCUAUUACUCCUACUCACUUAUUUUCUUAAAUGUAGUAGUCUGCCAUGCCAUACGUCUCGACCCCCCAACCUGUCAGAUUUGUAAUCGAAAACAUAAUACAUCCCUUCGUCAAGAAAGGAUUGCCUAUGCCUUGCUUAUCGCCACAGGAAUUCCAACAACUCAUGUGACAUAUCCAGUUGUUAUCGUCGAAGUCCAAGGAAUAAAAUGCAGAGCUUUGUUGGACACAGGUGCCGGAAGUUCCUAUGUAUUUGCCGCGCUUCUAGACCGUGUAUCAAGUGGUAAGCGAAAGCAAGAAGUCCGAAAGAUAGAGAUGUUACUGGGGACGUCAACAAGAUAAGUAAAUCUGGCGAUGAUUGACAUUACUGACGUCAAUAUAAAGUUUUCAAUGCCUGUGGAGGUUACAAGAGUGGAUAAAGGAGAGUUGAGUUUCCUUGAUAACCCUAAGUAUCAAGAAAUGAUUGCAAGGUAUCCGCGGCUGUCGGGAGUCGUAAAGAACGAUGUGGGCACAAAGCGUCGCCUACCAGGGCACCUGAUACUUGGAGCCGGUGAAUACUCGAAACUGAAAACAGAAAGUGCACCGAAAAUCGGCGAGCCUCGCCAGCCGAUUGCCGAAUGAACAAAAUUCGGCUGAAUCAUCAUGUCGCCAGGAAAGGAGCCUCUACACCUAUCAAACGUGUUGUUAAAGUAUACCACGUUUGGUUCAUGGUUCCCUUAUGGCAUGGCCUUGAUGUACUUGGGUUGUCUGACACAGCCCCGAACGACCAAGUAGCGUGUAUGCUGAAUAUAAGAGCAGCUUAUGCGAGAUAAGGAGGGUUGGUAUGAAACUGGUCUGCCCUGGCGAGGAGACCAUCCUGUGCAGUGUUACCAAACAAUAAAGAGGCAAGUCUGCGCCGGCUUAAUAGUCUAAACAAACGGCAGGAGAUUAUUCAAGAUCAGAACAAAGCGGGCGUUGUAGAAAGAGCAGAAGAGCCAAAUCUACGCUAGCAAGUUGUUUGAAAUAGCCAAGGCUCACCUCCGGAUGUGCACCCCUACGCAAGACGAUACUCAGCUCUAUCUAUCUUUUAAGACGGAUCUUGAGGACAACCAGACUGAAGCCGUGGAUGCUGUGCAAGAACAUAUUGAAGACAUUAGGGCAUGGAUGGCGGCGGACCAGCUAAAGCUUAAUGAAGACAAACCGAGGUCAUUCUAAUUGUUACUCAGCAACAACUUGAUAAAGUUAGUAUUGCACGCCUAGAGAUUGGUCAAGCAUCAGUGCCAAUUGUAAGUUCUGCCGUCCGCAACCUUGGCUCGUAGUUUGACAGUGGAACAAUGGCCUGGUGCAACAGUGGCCCAGUCAAACAGUGGCCCAGUGAAGCAGUGGAACAGUGGUACAGUUGCACCGUGGUUCAGUGGAGCCGUGGAACAAUGGAACAGUGGCACACUAAAACAGUCGCAAAAUGGAAUAGUAGAACAGUGACGCAGAGGAACAGUUGCACAGUGAAACAGUGGCACAGUAAAGCAGUGGAACAACUGCACAGUGGCCCAGUGGCACAGUAGAACAGCAGCACAGUGGAACGUGGCACAAUAGAACAGUGGUACCGUAGAACAGUGGAAAAUUGGACAGUGGCAUAGUAGCACAGUAGAUGAGCACAGUGGAGUAAUGGCCCAGUGGAGCAGUGGCACAGGAGAACAGUGGCACAGAAGAACAGUGCUACAGUUGCACCGUGGUUCCGUUGAACCGUGGCACACUGGAACAGUGAAUCAGAGGCACAGUUGCAGCGAGGCACAGUGGCACAUUGUAACACUGGCCCAGUGGAACAGCGGCACAGUGGAACGUGGUCCACCGGAACGGUAGAAUAGUGGAACAGUGGAACACUGGAACAGUGGUUCAGUGAAACAGUGGCACAGUGAAACAGUAGAACCGCAGCAAAGUGAAACGAGGAACAGUGGCACAGAGGAACAGUUACACAGUGAAACAGUGGCACAGUAAAGCAGUGGAACAGCUGCACAGUGGAACAUGGCACAGUAGAACAGCAUCACAGUGGAACAGUGGCACAGUAGCACACUAGCUGAGCACAGUGGAGCAAUGGCCCGGUGAACAGUGUAGCAGUGGUACAGUUGAACAGUGGCACAGAAGAACAGUGCUACAGUUGCACCGUGGUUCAGUGGAAAAGUGGCACACUGGAACAUUCGCACAGUGGUAUAGUGGAGCAGUGAUACAGUGGAACAGUGACACAGUUGCACCGUUGUUCAGUGGAACUGUGGCUCAGUGCCAAAGAGGAACAGUGGCACAGUGGCACAGUGGAACAGGGGGACAGUGGCAGAGUGGAACACCGGAACAGUGGUACAGUGAAAUAGUGGCACAGUUGCACUGUGGUUCAGUGGAACCGUGGCACAAUGGAACUGUGGCGCACUGGAACAGACGGACAUUAGAACAGUGGAACACUGAAACAGUGGCACCGUGAAACAGUGGCGCAGUCGUAGGAAAUGAUGAAGUUGUCAGAGGAGCGAGGUUGCGCACGGGCUGCGGCAGUUCUUGUGUUGAGCGACCUUUUCAACAUUUGUACCCCCUAGAGCUUUCGUAUGACAGACGAUUACCCACACCGGUGAGGAUGAACCCGAAGGUUGCUCCCUUCCGCCCAAGACGGGAUGCCGCCGUCACUGCACGUCUGCAUUUACAGGAGAUUACCCAAGAUGGAGAAUUGUCGGUUAUUUUACAUUGACCCUAAGAUCUAGAGCUAUUAACUCAGACAUUUGUUUUUUACGUCGGUGAUUUCCGUUUGAUUACAUAUCUAUAUAGAUUAUACUUUGAAAGACAUAUAUCUCCUCCUGAGACGUAUGCGGGGAGUGUGUCGAGAACUGAUGUUAUGCAAUUUAGGUUUGGUGUUGAUUAGGAUUUCUUUUAGGGUUAGGGAGACCCUCAAAAAUAUGUAUCGCAUGACUUUGGUGAGAAAAUAGCACGCUGCUGAUCGUAGUGAGAGAAUGUUGAGAUUUCAGUUCCAACGAUAAGUUUUAGAUCUUCUACAAGCAUUAAAGAAAUUCACAACGAGAUUAACAACGAUUUAAUACACAGUUAAAAGCAGACAUGUUACAUGUUCCUAGCGAACAUCUGGUAUUAAUGAACGUUACAUGAACAUUACAAAAAAACUAUUUUCGACUAUUUUUAAACUACAGAAAACUUGUUUUCCAGGUCGUAGAUGGCAACAGGAACCUUGAAGAGAUGAUGCAGUUUUACCGGGCCAAUAACCAGUAUCUCCUAGGAAUGGAAAAAUGGCCUCAUUACCACUCGGUACAAGAAGCUGUUUGCUAAAACGUUUUAUACAUUGCCGAAAUUGGACAAAUUUUUCUAGCUAGUGUUGUAAAGGGUUUUAGCUUUUACCGUUGCACUAGUGAAGACAGAUUGAUGCACUUUCCCGACAUUUUUCCUUGUUAUAGCAGAGGAAAUUUCCUAAAGCAAAGUCACUGUAUAAAUUGGGCAUUCUGACUUCGUGGUUGUCGUCUUCAUCUUCGCAUUGUCGUAAGGUUUAAGACUGCAACUUAAACCUAACCCCUUUUUUUCAUCAAGUACAUGUGAUUGAUUGUAGCAAUGUUGUACUAUAAAGUGCCAUACGUGGAAUUUCGGUAAACUCAACAUGGACAUGUCAGAUCCAGCUUUAUGGUAAUACGGCCGAAGUGCCUGUUUUUAAAACAAUCAGUAAUUUGCUAAUAAUGGUAGUAGAACUUCGUGUCGUCCAAUUCGGUCUGUAAUAGACCUAUUCGGCUAACUCAAUGUUGUACCCAAUUCAAACCCUUUGGGAAUAAAACGUUUUGUUUCAUGAAUUUCCAUAUCAUUUAAAUGUGAAU